ACCCCUCAGGCUGGGACAGAGAUGGCAACGCCACUGCUCGAGGUAACCUUCCUGCUGUGUGCGAUCAGGGGCCCUAGAGAGUCUUGACUUGAAGCAAUCUGAAGCCUUCCUCAGACCAGGUGGGAAGUAAAGUCCAUACCUCAAGGACCUGGGAAAAGAAGAAGUGCAAUAUGGCCGCAGUUCCCUGGCUAUGUUGAUGGACACUUGUGAUAAAUUUGGAAAUUCUAAUCCAGUUCAAGAAUCAACCUCUCCAAGAAGAACUGAGAACAAUUUGGAAAGAAAACCUUACCUUUUGGGAGUAGAGUCUUUUGCUCCAAAACUCUGGAGCACUGAAGGCAUGGGAGAUUCCUAUACAGCCACUUUCCCCAAUGGGAAUGGAUUGAUGUCUCCUUCAGCAAGCCCACAAGCUUCCACCACUUACAGCAAUGAUUACAGUCCAUUUCCCCACUCCUUCCCGGCCUCACCCACAACUCAAGAUCCUUCUUCGUUGCUGAUGCCUAAGGGGCAUCCAUCUCCUGAUUGUCUUCCCAGUGUCUAUACCUCCUUGGACAUGGCACACCCUUAUGGCUCCUGGUACAAAGCUGGCAUCCACCCAGGUAUCUCUACCAGCUCUAGUAACCCUACGGCUUCUUGGUGGGAUAUGCAUUCCAACAGCAACUGGCUGAGUUCUCAGCCACAAUCAGAUGGACUUCAGGGUUCCUUACAGUCCAUGCCGAGUCAGGCGCCCAUCAGUCCCCAACUACCCAGUUACACUUCCGAGUUCACAACUUUGAAUCCUGCUCCUUACCCUGCAGUAGGCAUUACUUCUUCAUCACACCUUCUCCCUUCAGGACAACAUGUGCUGCCCCAAGAAAUGUAUAAACCCAAGCCAGUGGCCAAUAACUCCCUGAUGGAAAGUGGGAUUGCCUUGAAGUCUGGAAGAGGGGGCUCCUUUGGCAGCACAACUGGCAGGUCCACUUGUGACUGCCCUAAUUGCCAAGAACUAGAGCGGCUUGGGGCCUCGGCUGCCAGCCUGCGGAAGAAGCCUAUCCACAGCUGCCAUAUCCCAGGCUGCGGGAAGGUCUAUGGGAAAGCCUCACAUCUCAAAGCCCACCUGCGAUGGCACACUGGAGAGCGUCCUUUUGUCUGCAACUGGCUUUUCUGCGGCAAGCGUUUUACGCGCUCAGAUGAGCUGGAGCGCCACGUCCGCACCCAUACCCGAGAGAAGAAAUUUACUUGUUUACUCUGUAACAAGCGCUUCACUCGUAGCGACCACCUCAGCAAGCAUCAGAAGACCCACAAUGAAAUGGGAGUAGGCAAACCCCCAGAAGGUGAAGCUGAACGAGAAGAAGUCGCUACAGUGGCUAGUUCUCCCAACACUGCGGCCCUUCAAGAUGGCCUGGCUGGAGAGGAAAAAGAUGCCACCAGCCCUGAGCAAAGCAGCCUCCUGGAAAUCUAAUGGGUACUGUGUGUGAUCCAGCUUGCUUACUUCAUGCCAUCUCCACCAUUCUUCUUUGAAUGCUUCCCGCUAAAUAAUUUAUUUGUGGAUGAAACACAACCGCUGUUGCUGUUAGCUGUUCCUCUAGCUACAAUUGUACCUUAUGCAAAGCUUCCCUAAUCUCAAAUCAGAAGCAAAUUCAGCUGGGACCUCAGAAGGUCUACCACUUCGUGGCUAAAGACUCAGAGGCAAAUUCUGAAGCUACAGUCUCUAUUGUUCCUUAAGCUGUUAAAAACCAAAAUAGCUACCUGCUGAGGUCUCCAUAUGAUCACUUGGAUAAUGGCCAAAUUGUUGAACUCAUACUAUCAUGUGUAGGACUAGCCAAGUAGUAGGCUGGGCAGUACUGAAGUAAAUUUUUCUCAGGGUAUGUAUAGGAAUCAUUUUCCAUCUCAUGUAAACCCACUGAGCAUAUGAUUCUGAGCACCUCUCCUCACUUCUGGCACCUAUAGAUGAUGGGGAAAAAACAAGGCAAGUGGCUUGGGCCUUAUUUGAGAUUAGAACACUCUGCCUGCACCCUUGUUCCCAGACUCCAAGGAAGCAGUGGAAUCUCUUACUCAGAAGAUAAUAGUCAAAUAGUUCUCUUGCAGUGAGAUGGGCGACAAACAAAUUUAAGAAGUAUAUAAAUUAAUAAGCUGGUUAGCUUCAGUUGCUGAAAGAGUGCUUAUUAUUAUACCUUUAAGAGCUGCAAGAAAAAGCAAGUUUUACAAGGAAUGGCUCUUCAGGUGACUGAUAGCAUUGACCAGAAAAGCCAUAGCUGGUAAAACUCUGCCUAUUUGUGAAGCUCUUCAAGAUGUGUAAGCCUUGGCAGGAUCCAGAUAUGGGAUUUUAUUACUAAGCCUCCACCCUUUCUUUAAAUAAACUUGGAAGCUACUGGUUAGAAAUUGUUGCUUCAAUACAUAUAAAAGGAACUUUGCUAUUAAAAUUCCAUCCUAUUUUAAAUUAAACAUCUUGGUUCUUAGGUAGGAGGUCUUAGGUAAUAAUUCAGAAGGACAAAUUAGCAGCCAAUUAGGGAGCUAUUAUUCUACCAUCAGUAUAAAUAGGAAUUCUAUUCUCCCUUGAUCUUUGUCCAUAUUUUUUUUGAUGCAAGGUCGGCAAGGACUAUGCAGUUGAUUUGGUCAUGCAGUGAUCAAUAGAAAGAAGAUUUUGGCAUUUUGCAGGUAGAAUUUCCGCCUGUUGCUCUGGUUUUGUAUGAAUGUCACAUACUAGGCCAAGAGCUCAUUUGAGCCAUAUUUGGAAUAUUAAGGCUGUGACCUUAUACAGUAUAAAUGGACCGUUCCACUGAAGUGCAGAACUAGAGAAAUUCUAGUGUUCUUUAUUUUAUUGAGGUAAAGAAACUUGAGGAAAACCAAUAAUUUUGUAGGAAAAAUGAGAAGAAUAGCUCAAAAAAUAUCCCAUAUAGGUGCUACAAGGCUGUUUUGGAACUUUCUCUUCCCCUAUAUUUAAGCUAGAAAUAUAUUUAUCCUUAAAUUAUGAUGAAAAAUAAAUAGAGGUGAGGAGGUGGCUGGGUUCUCCAAAACGCCUCUAACAAAAGGCAUCUAUUUUCUGAUC